GUCCGUUGUGUGCCUAAAAAAACUCGAAAGCUUCUAAAGUCGAUGCAUUUUUAGCUUAGGUUAUUUUAAAUCUUGAAAACGACUUGUUUUUGCAUUCUAGUUUAUGUUUGGCGGUCGGGCAAAGUCAUUAACAUAAACUUUGUGGUAUAUAUUUGAAAUGCAAAAUUCAUAAAUAUUUAACAAGGUAAAAUUUCGGAGUGAAUUUUCCUGACGAACCGAGAGGAUUCUAUACGCGAGGGGCUUCGAAGGGGCUUCGAGGUAGUUUCGUUAGUUCGUCUGAAGAAAUAUUCCUUCAACUUGAUUACAAAGAAUACAAUAUCAUAUUAAAACAAAGGUAGCAUUGCAGAGGGAACGAUUUCCGACAGAACCGUUAUGAAUUCGUGGAUAGUUCUUGGCUUGCUGGCCUAUUCUAUUUCAACGGCGUAUUCGGCAAAUAACACAGGUAGGAACGAUUAUUUUGUAUAUAUUUAGCCUAAGUAUAAAGCAUUUUUAAACUUGAGUAAUUAUAGAUUUGCCGUACACAUUUUGACAGCGUUUCGGAGCAUAUUCUUUUGUCUUCAUAUGACUAAUUUAAAACUGAACUUAAAAGAUUAUUAUCAUGAAAAGUUUAGACGGGGUCUUUGAAAAUGAUUGGUUUGUGUUUUUGAAAGGGUUUUGAAGCAAGGAACCUUAUGCAUGUUACUUAAAGAGUGAAUAUUGCUGGCACCUUUAAAUAACUGCUUUAGAGAUCAUUCGCCAAGAUUAUUUCUUGAGUAUAAUUAUGGAAUAAGAAUUAAGGGUUUGUAUAAGACAAGUGGAUGUUACACAUUUGUAUAUAGAGUAUAAUAUAGAAUUGUCAGAUAUACUUUUAAUAUUACACAGGGUCAUAUACAAUGUUAAGACACUUCGUUGUUGGUCACUAUAGGAGCGCAAGCGAAGUAGUAUAUAUCGCUCAACUAGCACUGACGCAUACAAAGUCGCAAAUUAGUGGAACAACUUAAAUAUUUUACCAUUUAUCAUAGCUAGCAAGUUUAUAAUGUAAUGAAAUGACUAUAGCUCUGCAUGGGUAAAAUUAAGUUGCAGCUAUAUAGAUCUUUCCGAGUUUAGAACACAUAAACAACUAAGACAAAUAAGGCAAUGAAUAUAUAUAUAUAUAUAUAUAUAUAUAUAUAUAUAUAUAUAUAUAUAUAUAUAUAUAUAUAUAUAUAUAUAUAUAUAUAUAUAUAUAUAUAUAUAUAUAUAUAUAUAUAUAUAUAUAUAUAUAUAUAUAUAUAUAUGUACAUAAGCAAACUAAAGCAAAUUAACAUUUUACUCAAUACCUCUGCUCAGAGAAACUACGGUAACUUUGGGAUUGAAGACUUUUUCAAUAGCAAAUCUAUCGAGUUGGAUGCGUGAAAUGGCAAGAUAUUUCGCUAGAUAUUUAUUUGCGUAUUUCUUUCGCUAACAGGUAACCGUUACACCACUGACUGAAAAUGCAUCGUUUUUAUGCAAGCUGCCAGAGUUUUGACUAACUUUAGAGUUAAAUAUACAUUUGCGAGAUCGGAAAAAUUGUACAUGAAAAGAGUUUAGUUCAAUGUCAGGACUCUAAUUCGUCGAAAUUUUAGUGGAGGCGAGGAGGGUGGUUUUGUUCUGAAUACGGACUAGCUUCCUCAGACAGGAUUUUAACCUGAGGCGGAAAGCGAAUUAAUUUGCCGUAUCAAAUAUUCUCUCUUUAAUAUCGUAUUUUCAGAAAAUGACUUAUCUUCCUGACACAAAGUUUAGCGAGUCUGGCAAAUACAAACGGUACCAUGCGCUCAUACAGCAACAAAAGCAUUUUUACACUCGAAGACAAAGGCGACUAUAAAUCGUAUUCCUAGCUUGAACAUUCUAUAGUGCGCCGUUCAACUGCUGCGUUUAUUUAUGUCAUUUUCACGGUUCGUAACCACAUCAACAGUUCAGUAAAAUGUUCGAACUCUUUUUGGGUGUUUUAUAAGAAAGAUAAGUACCUUUAAGAGGCGUGCAUGUGGUUUAGUAAUACAUGUUUCGGCUCGAUAAAAAUGUAAGUCAAAUUUCCGUUAUUUGACGGUUGCAAAACUCGCUAUCUGACGACUAUUAAAACAAAUGUUUGACUGACAAAUGGUUGAAAAUGAUUUUUUUGUGUACAUAGCGAUCUUUAUAUAUUUCUUAUAGUAUCGACUAAUGGACUUGUCUUGAUGAUUGAAAAAUAAUUGACGCUUUUCAGUCAGAAAGAGUGAAAUAUUUUCAGGAAAGCACACUAAAAGUUUGAUUUGACAUGCAUGGCGAUCCAGCUAAAAUAAACCACGUCAUAUUAAUAUGCUCCCCAAUUUAAUUUAUGCGCGCCCAUCUUCAGAUUAAUAUUAACAAACUUGCAAUUAUUUCAUAAAAAAACACGCGAUAGAUUCGCUUUAUAUCAGUGGAGUGCGCAUAUACCAUGCAUUUCAAAACAGUUGACAAAUCUAUAGAAAGACCGGUGCAUGUACAUAUAUACUAUAGAAAUUUAUUAACCCGUGUAUAUUAAUGACAACUAAUGUCACGAAAGGAAAAUUUAUAAACCAAUGUGUUUUGCGUCAGUAGUUAAUAUUCAUUUGUCAAUAUUAAGCGUCAUGCAGCCUCGCUUAGAAAACGUUCAACAUCGGUAGAAAAAUAUUUGGAAAUAUUAUGUCUCACUCAUAACGACCUGCAUGAAAAGUUGCAGAACACAAGAUUUUUAAAAAAAAGAAUUAAUGAAGAUAUAACGCAAAAAGCAAUUAUAUAUCUUUACAAUCAUGUACGUCAAUAUUAAGUAGGCCGCUAUAUAAGUGAGAUUCCCCUAUAUGGAAACCCUUAAACACCGGUUACAGCUAUAAUAUUAGAAAUGUUAUGAAACGUUAAAGUGGAUGGAACAUUUACGAAGUUUUUCAUAAAAAUGAGUUAAGAGAGAUCUAGCUCGAACAGUUAUAUGUUUCCCUCGGGCAACUUCGAAACCACGCCGGCAGCUAUAUAAAUAGCAACCUUUAUAAUGCGACGAAUUAAUAUAUUCGAAAUAAAAUGUCACGAAUAUAGUCAAACUGCACGCGUUGAACGCUGUUUUUGACUGCACAAUGAUAGUAAAAGAACGCACUGAUGAAAAAAGCGAUAUAGUAUUUGCGUACUGCGUUUGAGAAACAUUGUGUCAUAGCAACACUGAAUUACGUGCAGUGUUAAUGAAUGGCAUAUAGUGACCUGUAGUUAGUUAGUGCAUCUGCCUUUCGGCAUCACGUUUACUAUACGGGUUUGGUUCCCUUGGUUCCAGAAGUUUAUAUUCAUGGUACAUAGUGUUAGCAACGGUAAAGUAAAAAUAAACCUCGGGUUGAAAGCCACAAUGGGUGAGUUCCAGCUAUAAACUAAUACAUUUUGACCAAGGCAAGAAGAACGAAAUCCAACACCACAGCUAGAAAGAGCAUCUUAGAAUGAGUAAAACUGCAAAGAUUGGUUGUAAAAUGUUGUAAAAUGAAGAAAAUAUAGCCCUGCGAAAUUCGAAAAUUUUGUAUAUAUUUGUAUUACGCGGGGUAAAAAUAACCACUUUUGGCUCAAAAAUGGUUAUUUUUCCCGCGCGUAAUGCAAAUAUAUACAAAAUUUGCUAACUUCACAGAGCUAUAUUGUCCUGAUUUUACAACAAUUCGCAACCAAACUUUGCAAUUUUACUCAUUUGAAGAUGCUCUUUCCAGCUAUGGUAAUGGAUUUCGUGUCUAGAUCAAAAUUUCGUCUAUAACUGGAAGCCUGGAAUCAUCCAUUGGUUGAUCUCACCGCGCCUCCUGAUUGGAUGAUUACAAAAAGUUCUCGUUGAUUCAGUUCAAAACUUGUGUGUUCUGAUUGGUUGAUUGUCAAUUGGAUGUCGUUGCACCAUAUCGAGGUUAUUGCCGCUUUGAACCAGAGGUAUAUUUUCCUUUCGCCUUUUCUAUAACAUUUAUAUAAGCAAUCAAAAUAAACUUCUGCAUGGAAACAAGCUUCGGUAAAACAUUUUGAAAUCCUGACUUAUCCUGACAAUAUACUUAACCAUCCAAAUAUCUGAAUUUCGAUACAAAAUUGUAGAUCUAAAAUCAUGCAUUACAAACAAAAUUAUUUGCUUAUCAAACGAAGACAAAUAUAAAAAAAAUUGUAAAAUACAUUGCAUUACAAGAUGUACAAACUCCUUGUCGGUCAUAUUUCCUUUGUCAUUUCUUAUGAAUUAUUAAUAACUGAACUACAAAUUCCUCCAACAGUUGAGCCCAGACCCGCCUUCUGUCUCCAUUCAACGCUAAAAGCACAAUGGUGGAGUAUCCCACCCUACAUCUACCGAGAUAAAGCCGGCAACAUUAAAGGCAUCUUCAAAGAAGUUUUGGACGAUAUCAUCUUUCAAUGCUGCAAAAGUCACACAAACAUCACGUACGAAAAAAAUCCACUCAACGACUCCGAAGUUGUGAAGGACCAUAUUGGGGAAAAUGGAACGGUGUUUAGUUUUCCAGUCUACGGCGAAAUGAAAGAUACAACAUUCCAGAAUUUCCCUUACAUGCCUGUGGUGGAAGCACCGGGAGUGGUGUUUAUAAUGACGAAUGAGGACUCGGCUAACGCAGCUCAAGCUGUCAUGGACGCAGUGUUUCAAGGCUGGCCCGUUUUGGUGCUCACAUUGGUUAUGGCUGCACUGUCUGGCAUCAUCAUUUGGGCGUUGGUAAGGAGUCAUUGUUUCUAAUACAAGUAAACAAUCACAAGUCUGAGUCCAUAAUUUGCUCUGUUCACAGUGGCGUAACGCUCAUUGGGUAGGAUUAGUUCAAAAACUAAGGGCUCCCGACAGUUAGGGGGCCCCAUCAGCGAUGACCUAUCGCCCAGUAAAUUAGAAAACGUAAAAAAUGCAGGGGUAAGAAUCAAUAAAAAAAUGCAAAAUUCACCGAUAAUGCUAAAUAAUAAAGCCUCCAUCGACAACGGUAGCUGAUUUUUUUAUUCCAUCUCAAAUAAAGCAAAAGUUAAUAUAUCACUAUUAGUUGUUACAUGUGUUGGAGACUGUUGUUGCUGUUGUUGCUGUUGUUGUUGCUGUUGUUGUUGCUGUUGUUGUUGUUGCUGUUGUUGUUGCUGUUGUUGCUGUUGUUGUUGUUGUUGCUGCUGUUGCUGUUGUUGCUGUUGCUGCUGUUGUUGCUGUUGUUGCUGCUGCUGCUGUUGUUGUUGCUGUUGUUGUUGUUGCUGUUGCUGCUGCUGUUGUUGUUGUUGUUGUUGUUGUUGUUGACACGGAAUUUUCCCGAACAUUCUAUAAAUAUUCAAUAUGGAACAAAAUUUCUGAAGAGUUUAGGGAAGGAAUCCAAGGCCAAAUAACUAGUUGUAAUUUGUACUUGUGUAGUUCAUCAAUACCAAGAAAAUUGCUUUUGUCAUUCAAUCCCUGGCUUCUGAGAGUCAACAGAACAGAGUAGUAAAUUAGCUUUCUAUGAAAGAGUUGUUUCAACCGAUUUGACAGCUGAGCUUCUUCAAAUUAUAAGAUUCCAAAACAACAUAGCCUUACAAAACAAGAGGAUCAAUACUAAUACAGGCCCAUCACAAUAUAUGCUAUGGGCAGAAAUGAAAUCAAAACAUAACAUACUUUUUCCUUGACCAUUAUGUACUCAUGAAACAAUCUUCAUUUCUUCAGGACACCUACUGGAAUCCAGAGGAGUUUCCUCCGUCGUUUUUCCAAGGAGCCUGGGAAGGAUUCUGGUGGGCUUUCGUUUCCAUGACAACAGUAGGGUAAGUAUAUCAGAAGUACUAUAGAAAGCGAUAACAAGAUUGCGCUCUGCAAGCGUUUGAUACGUGACGAUCACAGAUGUUUGAAUGGAACUUUCUCAGUUCUUACGCAAUGAAGAAGAAGUGUUCAGAAAUACGAACAGCAAAAAGAAGGAUAGCAGCGAGAGGGAAUGAACUUGCUAUUAAACACCACAACUGCUAUAGAGCCUAAUUAAUGAACUGCCCCAAAAACAGAAUGAAGACUGUUUAAAGGACAUUAAUUUUGUCCAACACCGUCCAAACGCAACGAGCCUCAGUCCAACACAUAGUGAUAAAAAAAUCCAAAACAAUUUGCGUGUGCAUAUAUAUAGUCUAUACGGCUCAGCUUGUAUUUUUGAUUUGAUGAAAUGUUUGAUUUUUUCUCCUAGAUAUGGUGACCGCUCGCCUCGUUCAUUCUUUGCUCGCGCAUUCUCUUUUGUUUGGAUCAUGAUUGGUCUCGUCAUUAUCUCAAUCUUCACUGCAACCGUUACAACGUCAUUGACCGCCAUUAGUUUGAGCAACGAAAUCAAACUCUAUGGAUCUGAUGUAAGUUCGUGUAUAUUAUACUGAGAAGGCAGGUUUCAGGUAGUAGCAGAAACCUGUAUAGGCAAAAUUAAGCCCUAGUCAAACAGAAAUGAGAGUUGGCGAGCGAGAGUUUGCAUGAGAGUUGACGAGAGGUCCACGGCUAAAAACGCACAGGUUGUUCCAAGUUGAUAUCGACAGGCGUGAACUAUGAACAAGUUGCCAACCAUGCUGUUCCAAGUUGUUACAGUUGAACAAUGCUGUAACAACAUGUUGACAAUACUGUUCAUAGCGGUGGGCCGCACAACCUUGUUCACGCCUGUUGAUAUCAACCUGGAACAAGUUGUUGAUUUUCUCAAUUUUUACGCGUGUCAUGAGCGUUGGUGAUGAAACGUGACAGCGGUUUGCAACUCUCAUCAACUCAGUCUCAUUCUUAUAUAUUUCAGUUUAGAAAUUAUAUAUGGCGCCCAUUUCUUAGAGACAUGGUAAAUAUCUCCCUUAUACGAGAACAAUUCAUUCAUAAAUAGCUGCAAUAUUCAACUUUAUAAAAUAACCUUUUAAUAACGCCUGCGCUGAUUGGUUGAAAAGCGAAAAAUCCCGUGUUUCUAUAACGCUAUAGAACACGGGAAUUUUCCACGAACCUCAAAACAACACUAAAACAAACGUUUUCGCCUGAAAUAUCGAUUAAAAAUCUUCGUCAACCUGAAAUUUUGUUAAACAAGCAAUGGAAAACACUCACCAAACGUUUUUUCGCUUUAAAUUUUCUUGAAAUCAACUUUUUCAGCGUGUUUUUUCCCAUAAUUUUGCAGUCGGCAAAACUGAAAAUUGAUGCCGGUAUUGUUGCUAGGCAACAUUUUCUUGUUAUUGUGUAAUGAGAAUAUACUUUUUAAUCGCGUUAAAAAUAUUGUUUUUGUGUUAUUAUCACAAGGUUAUUUAAUAAAGGAAAUAGAAAACAUUUUUUCCUGUGUUUCUAUAGAGUUAUAGAAACACUUGUGCUAGUUUGGCAGAACUCGAAAUAACGUGGAAACACUCGCACUACGUGCUCGUGUUCCCACUGAUUAUUUCCCGUUCUCCCAAACUAGCACGCGUGUUUCUAUAGUCUAUAGAAACACCACGGAAAAUGUUUUCUAUUUCUUAAAUACUAGCUAAGCUUGAAACUUGUACUCCCAUUAAGCUUUGCGCGCUUACAGUUUAAGGUUCAGAGAUUAAGGUUUGCAAAGGACAACCUUUUCAAAAUUGGCUGUAUAUACCACCUUUCAAACCCUCAAUCGAACCUCAUUCUAUAAAUAACUCAAUCUACUACAAUUACUCCAUUUCUGAAGAUCAAACUAUCAUGUCGAACCCGUUUGUAUUAGGUUGUCGCUCUCAAAAACACGGAAGAGCAAAGAUUUGGAGUUCGAAAUAACGCUAAAGUUGGAGGUAGGUUUAACAUUUUCCUUCGCGGCAAACUUCUGGCAAAACAAUCAUGCAGCAACUAUGCGGUAAUUAUCAUUUCAAAACUCGUAUCCCUUACCGAUCCGCAGCGCGCAGCAGUGCAAAGUAGCCUCAUGAUGUAUAUAUAAUAGAAGAGAUAUAUGGUACUGUAGCAUUGAAAAAUCUACUUACCAGUAAUUCCUGAUUUUUCAUUGUUUAUUUGGCAAAGGAGGCACCUAGUAAGAAAAUAGAGAACUGCGUCAUCAUUUAGGAAAACAAGUUAUUUUACGCGCACAAACCUCAACAGGUUAUUGCAGAACACUAGCGGGCUUCAACCAAGCGGCGUUUUGGUCAACGCCGUUCAAGGAACAACUCCGGCCGCUCGUAAACUGACUCAUCUAACCACUAAACACGCUAGGAGCCAUGACUACAUUCUGUCUUUGCAAAUUUUGAGAGAGAUUUGAAUGAUCAGUAAUUUAGUACCAAAACGGACAGUUCAGUCGAGAAUUUGAAACUUCGAUAGAUUCUUUAAUUAAAUUAAGUCAAACUGGAUGUUCUCAAACUUUACUCAUCUGUACGCCCAAUGCAACUGCAAAUGGCUGCUGUAUUGGUUUGGUGCUAUCUAACUAUCUUUUGUAAAAUAUUAGCUUUCCUAAUAUGUCAAACAGUAGUUAACAAUUAGGCCAAGAUGGUAUGGGCCGAGUUGGUUACUGGGCCGAGUUGACCAGCUUCCCAUAAGCUCACUAUUGCCUUCACUGGACCCCCACAUGUUGAGAUAUAUUUGAUGUAAUAUUUCCAAUCCGACUAUGAGGACUGGACUAGAUUUCAAGUGCGCGCAAUUUGAUCAAGUCUGAGGCGAAGCCGAGGAUUGGAUCAAAAUGCGAGGACUUGAAAUCUAGUCCAGUCCGAAAUGGAGGAUUUGAAAUGACUUUUCAUACGAAUAAAUCACCGACACUACUUAAAGAUGAUGUCCACUCAUGUGCGCAUGCGCGAACUUUGUUUACGUUUUGAACUGCUAUUUUUGUAAAAUAUGAUAUACUAACUAACUGAAUAUCAUAUCUAACACUUUUCUGGUUCGCUAUGCUUGUGAAUGAAUAUAAACUCUAUGUUUUAAUUCAAAAAAGUUGGAAAGAUGCAAAAUUUGGGCAAUGUUUAUAUCUGGGGGUCCCCCUUUGUUAUGAGCAGAACUGAUGCGCAGAACGGAGUGGAAAUCAUGUAUAAAGUGAGGUGAAUUCAUUUUGAUCCAGUCCAAGGACUGAACUAAUUUCGACCAGUCCUAGGACUGUAACAAUAUACUUCACCAAGGAUCCAGUAUUAUCAUGUGACCAAAAUAAAGUAAUACGGCUGGAGUUUGAGAUGAAUUAAUGGACCAUUCCCCAUUUAAUUAACCAAAAUUUUGAUCUCAACAAGUCUAGACAAAAUUCCAUCACAGCAUGGAAGAGCAUCACAAAAUUAAUAGUAAUAUUCCAAAGUUUCGUUGCAAAAUGUUGUAAAAUGCGGAUAAUAUAGCCUUGCGAAGUUUGUAAUUUUCAGUCAUUUUGUAUUACGCACAGAAGUGGUAACCAUUUCCCGCUUGUACUCUAAAAUGACUGAAAAUUGCAAACUUCGCAAGGCUAUAUUAUCCGCAUUUUACAACAUUUUGCAACGAAACUUUGGAAUAUUACUAAUUUUGUGAUGCUCUUUCAAGCUGUGAUGAAAUUUUUGUCUAUAGACUUGCUGAGUUCAAAAUUUUGGUUAAUUGGGGAAUGGUCCAUUAAGCAUUCCUAUAACCACUCCCAUUUCAUUUAGUUCGUCACACAGUGGAACAGAUGAAGAAUGCUAUUAUCAAUAAAGAGGAUGACACCAUAGGAGGCUUGCUCGACAGUUACGUCGCGGGGUACUGGGCACAAAACACAGACAACCUCGAAACACCGCUGGCCGACCCACAGCUACGCGUGGGCACAGUUUUUGACCAUCAGUUUGCAUAUGGGUUUGUGAUCGCGUCCGACGAGUAUAAAAACAAUGAAGAAUUCGAAAAAUGCACGCGAAAGAAACUGAACAGCAUGGAGACUAAAAUUACAAAGAUUAUACAGCAGGAUGCCAAGACGAUGGAGGUAGGACAAAAUUAUUGUACAAAGGCUCAAUUCCACUCAGGAAAAUUUUCCGCAGAAAGAAAAUUUUGUACAAUGUGACUGGUCGACACAAAUCUUCCGUGAAAAAAAAUUUUCAAGUUGAAAAUUCUCAACUUUUAACAAUAACAUUUUCGGAAAAUUUUCUGCGCGUGGAAAUUUUUCUUGAGUGGAAAUGGGUCUUGAGAGAGAGAACUACGGAAAAUUGAACCAUUUGAAACUUUCGUUGUGUGUCCAUGAAUGCCUUCUGUUACUACAGGAGGAAACAGGCCGUUACCGGAAGAAAACUAGGGGGACUGAGGUGAAAUUAUAAUCAGAUAACUGCAUACUGCUACUUUCACAUCAAGGUGAAAGGGAUAUGGACUGUACAGUCUUUCUUACCUAAUAAAAUCUCCCUUAAGGCGACUCUCUAGGGUUUUAUCCCCGGGGUUACAUUCUUCGUAUAUAUGUAAAAUAUCAUAUCGCGUGUAACUUGUGUGAUUUCAAAGUACGAACGAACGUUCUGUUUUAUAUGGAACUCUUUCUUAAAACAACUGCGUGAAGUUUGCUUUAGUUAAAAGCGUAAAAAGAAUUCUAAAAUUCACAACGAUACUUGGACGCGAUGUUUCAGAAAAAGAUAAUGCAAAUUUGUUUUUUCAAGCGGUAUUCUUGGACGUUUUUAACCGCCGUACGCGAGGAUCGCACCGCGAGCAUUGGGAUAUGAACCCGUAGGGAGUCACCUUAACUGCGUUCAUUGUUUCGAAUUAGGAAUCUGGGGACAGUGCGGCAGUGCAAAAGACACAGAAUCUUUUCGACGCAGAAUCUCCGAUAUUUCAAAAGGCAAUAUUCUGUUCGCUUGGCUUGGUCGCAGGAUUGACUCUGUUGGGUUUGAUCUGGGAAUACGCGUACUGGAGACCACGGCAGCCAAAACCAAAGACCACAGGUGGGUAAAACUGGGGAACUAGAAGGGGGAAUCUCGAUGCCAGGGGGGUUUUCAGGAUCUUUUCCUGGGUCCGUUUUUGCAAAGACGAUUGAGUUUACCUAAUCAGCUUGGGGUCUUGGGCGGCUGUCUAACCCCCCCCCCCCUCCCCCGCCCCAUUUCCGAUGGAGAGGGAAGGGUGGCACUUGGGCUAUCUAUUAAUUGACUAAUUGACUGAUCAAUCGAUUCAUGAAUACGAAUACACUAUUCAACAAUUGGCUGAGUGGCAAACCGAGUCAUCAACUGAUUGUGCAAUAACUGUCUGCUUGAUUAAUUGAUUGUAUUACACGAUAUUAUACUGACUGGCUGAACGACUGAUUGAUUGUAUGGUCUUACGAUUAUCUGACUGAUUGAUUAUAUCAAUCGAUUGAUCGUCUGACUGACUGAUUGAUUGUACAAUUGUUUUACUUCACGGUUGAUUUAAUUGAUUGCGUGAUCAUAUUAUAAUUGUAUCGAUGUAUGUUUGACUGUCUGAUUGCUAUCCAGAUACGGAUUUAUUGAUAAAUAGAUAAGGAUUAAGGAAUCUCUUCUGUCCAAUUCUAGAAGUGGAGAGGGUGAUCACACCUCACACAUCUUACGAAGAGUUGGUUUCUCAACAAAGUGCAGAGAUAGAAGAAAUCAUGAGAUGCGAAGUACAACGCUUCUACGACUCCUGGAACAAGAAGCUGGAAGAUCUUAAAUAUCGCAACAACAAGCUGCGAAGCGAUGAGAAACUCGAGGAAGACCAUCACGAAACGUUCGGCGAAGACAAACAGAGACUGAGCGAUCUAGAAGCGGAAGAAGUCGAAGAGCUCAGUGAUGGUUAUGACGACGAAAACAAAGAUGGGAAGAAAUCGCCAUUCGCUACCUCGGAGAUCUAACUCUCAACUUCUUAUACAUUGCGGCGUUUUUAAUUUGAUAACACAACUUAUAAUAUGAACAUUUUAGCAUUUUUUGCAAACGUUUUUGUGUCAAAAACCACUUUAAUUUAUCGGUUUUACGCAUGUUUACUAAAAAACGAUGGAAGCCUACUUUAGUUUCGUUAAUAAUACGACGCACCUCACAUUUCGCAUUAAUAUUUCCGCAUCUAUAACCGUUGAAGGUAUAAUGAAAGCACGUUUUACAAAACUUUUCUGUUUCAUGAUCUGCACGAAGCUGAUCACAUUGAGUUAUUGACUAUAUAGUGGUACCAGGGAACGUGGUUGGGAACCAUGGAGGAGGGAGGCGGGGGAAAUAUCUCGCAUGCACUCCACACCCGAAGACAGACAGAUGUCAAGCUAAACUCUCAACCGCCCUGGGGGCGGUUGUUCAAACCUGGGUUAGCGUUAAACCUGGGUUAAAAUUUAACCUGCUGUUUUAGUUUGUGUAUUUCUGCAAGUCUGUUUAUUUCAAAACUCCAGAGAAGAAAACUCCUAUUGGUCCAAAUUUAUAAACAAGUUUUUGGGAAGUUUGCUUUGAAUUUUAGGUUAACCUAGGGUUAGGCUAACCGGUCCCGGGUAUAUUUGCUCAUUCAGACAUCCUGUACUGAAUAAAAAAGCAUUAACUUAGUAGAUCCGAGUUAAAAUUCAAUUUCAUUCCUGAGAUUCACGAGAUCAUUGACGAUUUCUGUUUGGAAACAAUCACUUGCACUGUAUUUACUUCAAUUGUUUAAUAUAUGUAUGCAUAUGUAUAUAGUAAUGAUUUUCAAUAUAGAUUAAAAGUG